AUGCGCGGCGUGCAAAUCUUCUCGGGCACGUCGCAUCCAGGCCUCGCAGAUACCAUCUGUGAGCGCCUGGGUACUUCCCCCGCCAAAGCCGAUCUGGGAAAGUUUGCCAACGGCGAGACCAGCGUCAAUAUCAACACCUCCGUCCGAAAUCAGGAUGUGUAUAUCGUUCAGAGUGGCAGUAGCAAGAUCAAUGACAGCGUCAUGGAGCUUCUCAUCAUGAUCUCCGCUUGCAAGGGUGGUUCCGCAAAGUCUAUCACUGCGGUCAUGCCAUACUUUCCUUAUUCCCGUCAAUCUAAGAAGAAGAGCCACCGCGGUGCCAUCACCGCCCGCAUGUUGGCCAACUUGCUCUCCAUCGCCGGUGUCGACCAUGUCAUCACCAUGGACCUGCACGCAUCCCAGAUGCAAGGUUUCUUCGGAAAGCCCGUGGACAACCUCUUUGCGGAACCUUUCAUCGCCCGCUGGAUCCGCAUGAAUGUGGCCGGUUGGCGCGAUGCCGUCGUCGUCAGCAAAAACGCCGGUGGCACCAAGCGCGUCACCUCGCUGGCCGACACCCUCAAGCUCAAUUUUGGUAUUGUGACCACCGACCGCAGGCGGCCCAAGGUUCCCGUCAAUACCAUGUCGGAUAGCACCGUCUUCUUUGAUGCGGUCGAGGAUGAUCGGCUCCCCCGGGAUCAGCAACCGUUUGACCUGCAUCUGCACAGUGCACAGGCCACCCCACCGAUUCCCGAAGAGACUGACGUCUUCACUUCUCCCUCCACGCUGCUGCGCCCGGAUACACCCUCUGCGGCUCGGAGACCAUCCGAGUUAGAGGCUGCGCAUGAUUAUACCGAUGUGCGAGUGCGCGAUGUUAUCACCGGUCGCCUGGUACAGGGCCAGCUCGUCGAUGAUGAUUAUCGCCCUGGGUCAAAGUCCGAGUCCGGGGGGACCACCCCCGGCGCCACUCCUAGCGGCAACAUGGAUACCGAGGUCGUUCCAGAUGCCAUGGUUAGCUCCAUGAUCUCCAAUAGUUCCUCCUCGGCCCGCCCCGAUCACGCUCUUGGUGGCUCCUUCGAUGCCGCCGAGUCGGACGACGAGGCCAGUGUUCCCGGAUCCGACCACGAGCGAACCAUUACCUUGGUUGGCGAGGUUCGUAACCGCCCAGUCUUCAUUGUGGAUGACAUGAUCGACAAGAGCGGCUCGUGGAUCGCUGCCGCAGAGACGGUCGUGAAGCGCGGUGGUGCCAGUAAGGUCUACUGCAUUGCCACCCAUGGCCUAUUCACGGCGGAAUCGAUUGACCAGAUGGAGGCGUGUCCCUCCAUCGACCAUAUCGUCGUUACAAAUACCUUCCCGAUCUCGCCGGCGAUGGUUCGCCGGUCGAAGAAGUUGAUUGUUAUUGAUGUGUCGACCCUCCUUGCGGAGAGUAUCCGACGACACCACUAUGGUGAAAGUGUCUCGGCUCUCUUCCACCUUAACGACUGA